AUCGAUUGCUUUAAGUGCGUCUCGAUGAACGGUGCCAACAAGGCGUGUGAUGAUCCGUUCCACAACAAUUACUCGGCCGCCAUCCUGGAGUCACCGUGCAUGGGCGGGCGCAAGGGCCGCGAUGGACUGUUUCCGGCCACGUCGUGCAUUAAAAUUGCCGGAUAUUACGAUGACACCGGGGAAACGAUUACCGUGAGGGGUUGCGCCCUCGACAGUGGCACGCUGACGACGGAUACCGAAAUCAUUCGCAUGUCGCACUGCGGCCGCUUCUACUACGAUGAUAGAUACGUUCACGGAUGUCUGCAGAGCUGUAACGAUGCCGAUGCCUGCAACAGAGGUUCACGGCUGAUGGUCGGACAUACGGUGGCGUUUUGGUCAUCGCUUACGAUUGUCAUGGUGGCGGUAGGGGUGCUGCUAAGGACAUCCGUGUCAUUACAGACUCCCAACCAGUGUCUACUCGCGACCGGAAGCUAA